CUCCCAUUUCCGUUGCCCUAAUUCUUCUACGCUUCACCCUAGCGAGCAGCCACCACAGCACGAGUGAACCUUGCCGCCUCCCCUGCCUCCGACGAUGGCCGACUUCAGGAAUGCCGACGACAGCCGCGGCCUCACCGUGGAUCCGCCGCCGCCCCCGAGUCACAGAGGUCGUCCCGUCUUUCCUUCCGGAUUGGGCGUUGAAGCCACGGACAAUCAAGGGUCUGAGAAUUCUAUACCUCUUUCUCCUCAAUGGCUGUUUUCAAAGUCAGUUGAUAACAAGGAAUUGGGCUCCAUUCAUGAUAACAAGACAGAUGAUGUGAAGGCAUCAGUGACUGUUGAUGGUUAUGUUAGUACUGGAAAGAAAAAGGAGGCCUUUAGGCCAAUCUUGCAUGAUCCAGAAGGUGGUCGCCGAGACCGGUGGCAUGAUGAAGAGAGAGAAACAAAUUCUUCCAUUCGCCGAGACCAUUGGAGGGAGGGAGACAAAGAGCUUGGUGAUACACACCGAACAGAACGCUGGCCUGAAAAUAACUCCAAGCAUUCUGGGGAACCACGCACUGACCUGCGACGGGAGAGCAAAUGGAGCACGCGUUGGGGACCAAGUGAUAAGGAAUCUGAUAACUGGCGUGGGAAGUGGUUGGAGUCUAGCAAAGGCAGUAACCCGGUCCCUGACAAGACUUCAUCAUAUUUCACUAGUCAUGGAAAGGACAUGAAUAAUCAUGGAAAGGACACUGAAGGAGAUGAUCAUUAUUCUCGGUCAUGGAGAUCUAACUAUGGUUUAGGCCGUGGGAGGGGAGACUCUAAUUACAACCAAUCUCAAACUCCUCUCAAACAGCCUAAUAUGCAUGGUUAUAGUAGAGGAAGAGUAGAAAAUGGGAUAUCAUCUAUGUUUGUUGGUCGUGGAAAAUCUAACUUUGGCACGAACAACAAGAACAGUGAUACUUCUCGUGUUCAUAUAGUGGGUUCUUUUCAUGAGAAGUUUGAUGAUACCUCUGGAGAUCUUUCCAGCAAAAGAUAUACUAGGAUAAAAAUGCUUGAUAUAUAUAGGAAAACUGAUAUAAAGAGUAUUAGAUCAUCAUUUGAUGAAUUUGUUGAAGUUCCUUCCCUAACUCAAGUGGAAACAUUGGAGCCCUUAGCAUUUUCUGCUCCUACAGCUGAUGAAUCAGUCAUCAUCAAGGGAAUUGACAAAGGAGAUAUUGUGAGUAGUGGCGCUCCUCAACUGUCAAAGGAAUCUUCCAUUGGGAGGUCUACUCCAGAAGCUGUCCCAGCUAGGCAGAGUAAAUUAGAUAGUAAAUAUGACCUGCCAAAUGCUGUGGAUAUUUAUAGAGCUCAAAUUGACAAUUCCAUGAUGGAGAAUUGCAUUCCUUCUGAGAGCCCACCAUACGAUAAACAGCCAUAUCAACUCAGAAAUUACACAAUGCUAGAUGCUACUCUCAGUAGAUCUCGAUCAAAUUCAAAAGACCUAGAUAUUGUUUCAACAAAUGCAGACGAGAUGAUUUCUAAAGAUAGUACUCGGUUUGUGGCAGCAUCAUCUUUUGUUCCACAAAGAUCUCAGUCAAGUGGGGACUAUAAAUCUGGUCCAGUAUAUGGUAGCAAUGCUUUUUCCUCGGAGGUUUCUCUAGAGCAUAUGCGCCCCUCUCAUCUACAGAAAGAUAUAGAGUCUAACACUGACGGAGUUGGUGUACAUUCAGAUGCUAAAAGCCAUUCCUAUAUGAAUAGGCAACCAUCUGAAUUAACAAAGGAAGCUUAUUCUUUUAUGCCCAAGGAUGUAUUGGUUGGCAGGAAGUUGCAUCCCCCUUCUCCAGAAGAUCUUUUACUAUACUACAAGGACCCUCAAGGUCAAAUUCAAGGUCCUUUUUCUGGAAGCGAUGUUAUUAGUUGGUUUGAAGCAGGAUAUUUUGGUAUUGAUCUGCAAGUCUGCCUUGCAAAUUCUCCUGCUGACGCACCUUUUUCUUCACUUGGAGAUGUUAUGCCGCACUUGAGAGCAAAGGCUGGACCACCACCUGGAUUUGGCAUGGCCAAGCAUGUUUCCACAGUGGAUAGCACUCCUAAGGGUAAAUUUCCAGGUCCUAGUAGCAUUCUCACUGGGCUCAGUGAAUAUGAACAACGAGACCUAAGUAUUGCUGCAGCUGAAACACAAAAUCGGUUCUUGGAGUCUUUGAUGUCUGACAAUAAUAGCAGUUCUGCUUCGGAAACCUUCUCUUUCAAUAGAGGUUUGCCUGGUGUAGUAGGAGAAAGUGGGAGUGAGACAAAUUACCUCUUGACACAAACCAGGUUGUUGGAAAGGCAAAGGUCUUUAAUGAAUCCUGUUUCAUACUGGUCAGGUGGUGAUUCAUCAUCAGCGCCCGGACCCAAAACAGAUUUGGUUUCAGACUCUUCACCAUAUUCUAAACUAUUUCCGUCAACUGUGGACUCUCCGGUCCAAACUCUUAAAUCUCAGCAAGUUGACUUGCUGUCCCUUUUGCAAGCUGGUGCUGAUAAGGCAGUUUCACGAACUGGUGGAUAUGGUGCAUCUUUUCUUUCGAAUUUUUCAGAUGCUGCAACAGGAAAUAAUCCCCUUCAUGCUGGCACUGAACAUCAAGCUGAGGUAUUGAGUAUGCAUUAUAAUCAACAUUUGCCAUCUCAGAUACGAUUUGGAGGUCAUCAGCACAGUUUGCUGCCAGUAAACCAAUCCUCAUUACCUAAUUUAAUCUCUCAACAUAGUGAUCCUUCAUUUAUUCCACCAGAUAAAUUUCUUCCAUCUGAGAUGCACCAGGAUCCGCGAUUGCUAAGCUUGUCGCAACAACAGUAUCUGCUGUCUCAACUUCAUUUGCAGUCUCAGAUUCCUGCUGCUCAAUUACCUGUGUUGGAAAAGUUAUUAUUGCUCCAGCAGCAGCAAAAGCAAGAGCAGCAGCAAUUUAUGAUACAGCAACAGCAGCAACAACAGCAACAAUAUCAGCAAAUGCUUUCCAAUGUGUUUUCCAGUCAUCUGUCUCAGCAACAGUUCGGUGGUCCUUAUGUUCAAACAUCUGUUGCCAUGCCAACAGGCAAGAUAGCUACAGAUCAUGUUGUGCUUCAGAGAGGAAAUGAACAAUUACAGAUUGGUCAGCAGAUGCCAGUUGCAUAUGAAGGUAGUCGAGCAUCGUAUCAUCCCAAUACUAACCUACAAAGUUCCCUGAAUGUUAGUUCACCGACUUCUGUACCUCUGUCUAUCCCCUUUCCACAUCAUAUCCUUGACCAAGGAAUUACUUCAAACGAAUCAGAUACUCAAUUUGUGAUGGAUAAUGUUGCUACUCUUCCUGAUACCAAAACAAAACAAGAGAUGGCGGAUGAUUUGAAUUUCUCUGAGACUCGAGGGGAGUCAGAGAAAUCGGGUCUUGAAUCCCAAAAUAUGACUCAGAGUUUGUGUGGUACAGAGAAAGAACAAGAGGUACCACAAGUGUCUCAGGCUCAAGAUAUUGCUCCCCUUGGUUUAGAGGACAGUCAAUUAUCUACUGAUUUUGCACCUCCUAUGACUGAUCCAGUACAUGAUAUCAAUAUUUCUUCAUUAGAUCUCAGUGACCAAAAUGAUCAAGCUGUCCCUAACAAAGUUGUUGAAACACAAGAAGUGAAGAAAAAUUCUGAAAAGAAAUCUAAGAAGCAAAAGAAAUCUAAGGCAAAAAUUGUUGUAGAUGCAGGGAAAGGAUUACCUAUUUUUAUUUCUAGCAAGGCAUCAAACGUGGAUACUGAAGUUGGUGUAAAUGCCAAUGAAGCUAAAUCUGAAGUGCUGACUGAUGUUUCUCUAGCAUGCACUAAUGAAAUGUCUGAACCUCAAAGUCCCUCACUGGCAUUCAAUGUGAAUCCUUUACCCAGUGGAACAAAAGAUGAGGAAGCCAAUGCGAAUGUAGUUGCUACACCGGGUUCCAAUCUGAAGGUAUCAUCAACUCAGUGGGCAUGGAAAUCUGCUCCAGGAUUCAAACCUAAAUCUCUUCUGGAGAUACAACAGGAAGAACAGCUGAAGGCACAAAGAGGGAUCAGUUCUGAAACUGUUGCAGUGACACCUGCCAAAGUUGUUCCAUCUCCAGCCCCUUGGUCAUCAAUAACUAAUUUCGAAAAUAAGCCAUCCAGUGAUACUGUUCUAGAAUCAAAUACGCUCCUUGUGAACUCUGAAGAUCCUCUUAAAUCAAAGAGCAGGAAAAGCAAUUUGCAUGAUUUAUUGGCUGAAGAAGUUUUGGCCAAGUCAAAUAAAGAUAUUAGGGCUUCUGCUGGCAAUGCUCAGAGCUCACUUCUACCACUGCUAUCACCAGGUCAGGCACAUCUUGAAGCUUCUGCUGUUGAUGACAAUGAUUUUGUUGAGGCUAAGGAUACUAGAAAAGCUCGCAAAAAGGUAUCAAAGUCGAAAGCUGCUGGAGCCAAGAUACAACAACCAGUUGGUUCCGCUGAAUUGUCUGCAUCCCCAUCAACUGUUGAAAAGGAUAAAAUUGCACGCCAAGUACAAGGAAAAGAAUCUUUACCGGCUCCUCCUGCUGCUCCAUCAUUGGGGGAUUUUGUUCUUUGGAAGGAGGAUCAAUCAAGCUCUGUUCCUCCACCAGCAUGGUCAUUCGACUCUAAGAAACAGCAGAGACCGGUAUCAUUAAGAGACAUUCAGAUGGAACAACAGAAGAGGUCUGGAACUAUGCAGCAACAGCAGGCUCCAAUACCAACAGCUAAAGUCCAGCCAAACCAGGCAAGUCGUGGAAGCGGGACUUGGCAGAAUAGUGGAACAUCACCAUCUAACAUUGCAUCAUCCCAUCAGUUUGUUCCACAAGUUUCAAAUCUGAUAAAACCUAGAACUGAAGAUGAUCUGUUUUGGGGGUUGCCUGAGCAAUCAAAACCAGAACUCAAAAGGCCUGACUUCCCUCCAACCGAGAGCUCUGUCAGCAGGGCAGCUAAAGGCAAAGGAGUUUCUGGAGCAGGAACAGGGCAGAAGGUUGGAAGCAGAGGUUUGGAUUAUACUCUUUCCUCACCUUUGCCCAUUUUGAAGGGUAGGGGCGUUUCUUCAAAGAACUCAGAGGCGAUGGAAUUCCAAGAUUGGUGUGUUAAUGAGUGGAUCCGGCUCACAGGGACGAAUGAUACCAGUUUUCUGGAAUUUUGCAUAAAGCAGACAACGUCUGAGGCUGAGAUGCUAUUGCGAGAAAACAUCGGUUCUCUGGAUCACAAUCAUGAUUUCAUCGACAAGUUCCUCAACUACAAAGAGUUCUUGCCAUCAGAUGUCCUCGACACUGCUUUUGAGUUGCAGAAGACCCACCCUAUUUCUGUGGAGGACUACAGUCACCGGAAUUCCAAUGCCGUAGCUGCAGCAGCUGUUCCUGAUCCUGAUGAAGGCACAGAUGAUGCCUUCGAUGGGCAACCCAAAGGACGGGGGAAGAAAAAGGGGAAGAAGGCGCACAAGGUGAGUUCGACGCUCUUGGGGUUUAACGUUGUCAGCAACCGCAUAAUGAUGGGCGAGAUCCAGACCCUAGAAGAUUAGGAUAAGCACUUGAGGAUUAGGGCAGACAGGACCUAGGGUUCUGAGUGUACAUACCUAUUUAUCUAAACUAACUCUUUUUUUUUUGUAAAUUUCUUCCCAUCUUUUUUACUGCUCUUGACUUGAAAUGUGUCAUGUAUUUCAGAAAUACUUGAAACUUCCAAGAAUUUUUUUGCAAGGAAGCAUCUAAAGACUAAA